CCGUCCUUGAUGGAUAUAGACAUCGACUUGGAGUGCCUUGGUAUACUAGAACAACGAAUGUUUGAGCUCUCAUUGGCUGCAGGCGCUGCAGGGAAUGAACAAUGGGUAAAAGAUGCCGAUGCUCACCAAGACCGAUGGAAUCCAUACGAGGGCCUCCUGAGU